AAGGACACAGAAGAUGCUGGCCCUCUGCUUCUGGAGGCAGGGGUGGAGACCUAGCCAGCUGGUGGUGCCAGCCAGCCGUGGAGCUGUGUUCUGGAAUGGAGGAUGGAGGAGACCUUGGAGAAACUGGGGCAAAGGCUGGACUGCCACUCCUGCUAUGAUGCCUGGGCAGAUCCCGGACCCUUCCGUGACUGCGGGCUCUCUGCCAGGGCUCGGCCCCCUGACCGGACUCCCCAGCUCAGCCCUGACUGCAGAGGAGCUGAAAUACGCUGACAUCCGCAACAUCGGGGCCAUGAUCGCCCCCUUGCACUUCCUGGAGGUGAAACUGGGCAAGAGGCCUCAACCUGUGAAAAGCGAGGAAUCUGAGCGGCUGGAGCUCAUGAACGCGGAGCUGAAAACCCAGAUUGAGGAGCUGAAGCAGGAGCGGCAGCAGCUCAUCCUGAUGCUCAACCGGCAUCGCCCCACCUGCAUCGUCAGGACCGACAGCGUUAAGACCCCCGACUCAGAAGGCAACCCACUGCUGGAGCAGCUGGAGAAGAAGUGACCAUGGGCUGGGAGGAGGAUGAGGAGGAGGAAGAGGAGACAGGGAAAGGGAGGAGGAGGAGGGUCCCAGGGGGCUCUUCCUUGCUGCAUGAAAAACUCUUCAAUGAGGCUCAGCACAGCCAUCAUCAGCCCUGCUUUUUUGUGAAACUCCGAUCAGCCACAGCAGGGGAGGAAGCCCAGGCUGAUGAAACCCAGGACCAAGCGCUGAGACCAAAGUAGUCCUGAGGGGGGCCUGCUCUGCCCGGGGCCAGCCUUGCAGGAGGCAGGACAGAGGCUCUGGGCCGGAGAGACGCCCAACCAGGCAGCUGCGGGCACUUCUCUGGCCUCUCCUCCAGGGCAUGCACCCAAAGGACCUCCGAGCAGCCAGGAAAAGCCAUGAGUUCAACCAAAAUUCGGCUGAGGAUGGAACUCAGAGUGAAACUGCAAUCUGCCUGCCCCAGCCCUGACCCUGACCCUGACCCUGACCCUGACCCCGAUGCAAGGCUGGAGAAGGGCACAGUGCCAGGCCCUGCUGUACCCACCCGCCGUGGUCCAGCGUGGUCCUGCCCGGAGUGGCAGCCGGGGCGCACCUCGCCGGCCCUGCUGGAGCUGCUGUGGCACAAGGCGCGGGCGCCCUUCCAAAGCACAUACUCACUGAAUGUUUACAGACCGGCUGUCCUGGCAGGGCUCUCAACUGCACAUGUUUUUUUUAUACUUUCUUUUGUUUUGUUUUUUUAAAUAUUUUUUACAAAAAAAAAAAAAGAUUUUAUACAAGCAAUAUAUAAAUGGAUUUCUAUAAUCACUUGAUGUGAUACAGUAUAAAUAUGCUAUGGUUUGUUUGUUACGAACAGAUAUUCAGCAGUUAUGGCCGUUGCGUGUAACUCCUAAGUACUGUAGUCUGGGUUUUGGGGGUGGCAGGGGCGGGGGUGGGGUGCAUUUCCAUCCUGGUAAAACCCUUCAUAGUACUCAGUCCUGUAUCGCUCAGUAAACAUUACUCUUACUUACCCA